AUGCCAGAGCCCCUCCUACCAAACCCAUUCGACCCGCCUUCUCACGAGCACACGGCAUACGAAUCUUGCUUGAACCUCGAAACUUCUGGUCCGUGGGACCUGUCUUCUGAACCCGCGGCCAUGUAUAGGUUCAGCCCUCAAGUCGCGGCUCGAGUCUUGGGUUACGCGCUUAUUUAUCACCCAGGCUCUUCUAUGGCCAUGUCACGAGAGAUAUCGGGUUGUGGUGAUAACGCCGAGUUUAUGGCGGGGUUGGGGUAUUUGUAUGUUAUGGGCGUGAUUAGGAUGUUUAAAGGUCCGGUACCGACGCGUAGGGUCCAACCAGAGUCACCGCCAGAAAACAUCGAUAUCACAGCCCUUUCAAACUUGUCGCAAUACACCGGUAGUGAUACUAAAAGGCUAGUUUUGGCGCGAGACAACCACCGGUGUAUACUCUCAGGGAACGUGGACGCCACCAGUCUUUGGAACGAGCUGACGACGAUCGAUUUAGCGGCUGGGGAGAGGAAGGCGGAUAUGGAGCUGUGUUAUAUUUUCAAGAUGACGGGGGAUGAAAACCAGGGGUAUAUAGGAGGAGGUCUUACGGAUGCGGCGCGGAGAAAGUUGCGUUGGGCGUCUUCUGCUGCUGCUGUUCUCGAGCGACUAGCUGGGAUUUCCGUGGUCCAAGACAUUCACGAGGCGGAGAAUACGUUCGUGAUAUCACCCAACCUCCAUGGUCCAUGGGACCGGCUCUGGAUUUCUCUUCAUCCAAUCAAAUCUAAGCAGGAUGAUAGCAGCAAUACGUAUGAAAUCCACACCUACCCUCCCCAUGAAAAUGCCGAGUAUGGUUUUCCCUACCAAAUAACCCUCACAGACACCACAGGCAGGAAAACCCCCCUUCCCAGCCGUGCGUACUUCCAGCUCUACGAUGUUUGUGCGAAGAUUGCGUAUCUCUCGGGUGCGGGAGAGGUCAUGGAGCGGUUGGUCUGGGAAGUGGGGAAUGCACGGGAUGGGAGGGACGGGGGUCUUUUGGCUUUAGCAUUGUGUUUGUCGCGCUCUGAGUGA